AUGCCUUCAUACAUUGUUCAGGCGUUAGGUAGCGCAGGCAUCAUAUGGGGCUUUACCAUCGUUUUAGUUCAAAGCAUUGGUCUCUAUAAAAUCUUCCGUUACUAUUCGUCAGUCCCCGCCGCCCCGGUGUCUCCAUACCUACCGAAAGAUGAGGUGCCGCACGUAACUAUCAUCCGGCCUGCCAAGGGUCUAGAACCCGGCUUGUACGAAUGUCUUGCCUCCGUAUUCCACCAGUCUUAUCCGAAAGACAAGUUGACCAUCUACUUCUGCGUCUCCUCCAAGGAAGAUGCCGCGUACCCCGUCAUCCUCAAGCUCCUCGAUAAUCACUCCGAUUUCGAUGCCAAGGUUUUCGUCGAAACCGAAGACCCUUACCUCCACGGUGAUGGCGGCCACGUCGAUAAUGUUGGUCCGAACCCCAAGAUCCGCAAUUUGAGUAGGGCGUAUAGAGAAGCGAAAGGGGAUAUAAUAUGGCCUCUAGACUGCAACGUGUGGAUAGCAAGGGAUGUAGCUGGUCGUAUGGUCGAUAAGCUCUGCGGAUACAAACCGGACGGCAAGCGAGCGAAACCUUUCAAGUUCGUCCACCAACUACCUUUAGUAGUAGAUACCGUUACCUCUAUGAGCUCUUCAAACUCCGCAGGACAGACUCUACUGUCCGGAUCUUCAGUGACUGGCGGCUCCGAUGCGCAGUCUAGCGUCGACGUGCCGUCUUCUGUUUUGUCUAGGUCCUGGGCUCACGGGGGCGGAAGAUUGGAGGAGAUGUUUAUGGCUACGACGCACGCUAAGUUCUAUGGCGCUAUUAAUACCGUUGGUAUUGCGCCUUGCAUUGUUGGGAAGAGUAAUAUGUUCCGCAAGUCGCAUCUCGAUCAAGUUACAGAUCCAGCCCAAAACCCAAUCUUGACAGGCAGAGCCGCAACUCUGCCCAAGGGCCUAGAUCAUUUCUCUCUCUUCAUGUGCGAAGAUCACGUCAUUGGUGACCUUCUAUGGCGUUCCAAUCUGCCCGGCUUCGCAAAUCAUGGUCUUGUUUGGGGCGACCUCGCGAUCCAGCCUAUGGCGGGAAUGUCAGUACCCGCUUACGUCGCACGUAGGGUGAGAUGGUUGCGUGCUAGGAAAUGGACCGUAUUGUCAGCUACUCUAGUCGAACAUGGCGUCGAGAGCCUCGUGUGCUGCUUCUACGUGUCCUUCGGUCUUACUAGCGUUCCUUGGUUUCAUCAGACCCUUGGCAUCCCACAAACUUGGAAGGCUCUGUGGCAGCUUUGGCUCGCUGGCGUUGCGCUCUGGAUGGUUGUAGACCGGAUCGUAUUCAGGAAGUUGCAUGCAGGACACAGCAUACACGUGGACGAACAGACGCCAUUAUUUGCCCGGGGCACGAGCCGCGGCGGAGCUGAAAAGCGCCGAUUCGGCGAGUGGUUCCUGGCUUGGUUAGGACGGGAGGUCCUGGCCCUCCCUGUCUGGACGUGGGCCGUCUUCCUCGGUGCCACCGUGAAUUGGAGGGGAAAGCAAUUUCGGGUCCGAUCAGAUAUGACGGUCGUUUCGAUAGAUUCGGAGCCUGAGGAGCGGGCUUCGGCGCAGAAUGGGCACGGCGCCAAUGGCAUGUCGAGAACAAGAGGGAAGAGAGAUUAG